GAAAAUUAGUCACCGUGCAUGUCACCUUUGGACAACCCAAAAUUUUUAUAGGCUGAAUAAAUAAUGAGUAAUAACAAAAGACAACCCAAGCACCUGAACGGCGACGCUUCAAAGCUUCUAAUGAGCAUUGUGGAGGACCGUUCCCUGUUAUUUUUGGUUUUUUCCAUUUUGAAAAACGGUUAAUGCUCGCGUCUUGUUUGGACGCCUACAAAGGCUGUUUAUUUAGGUCAAUUAGUCUGCGUUCCUGUCAAUUUUGUGUUCGUUUCUUUGAAACCCAGCUAGUGUGCUCCACAACCUCUUACCAUAAAUUUAGCUACAAGGAUACCGAAAUUCUGCAGUACCUUUCUGAAAGGAAGCUUCAACAUGCACGAGACUUGCUCGAGAAAAUGCCUCAAAGAGGCGGACAGGGCCGCAUUGUUGAUUGGACCUCGUUACUCUCAAAUUUCUCGAGAGAUGGAUUUGUCGAUGAAGCACGAGCUUUGUUCAAUAUCAUGCCCGAGAGGAAUGUUGUCACUUAUAAUGCCAUGCUCUCGGCUUAUGCUCAGUGCGGGAGGUUGAGUGAUGCGUGUAGAUUGUUCGAAGAAAUGCCGGAGCGGAAUGUGGUAUCUUGGACAUCAAUGGUUUGUGGGUUGGCGAACGGGGGAAGAAUUGACGAUGCUAGGAAAUUGUUUCAUGCGAUGCCGGAGAGGAAUGUAAUUUCUUGGAACUCGAUGCUUGUUGGGUUGAUGAGAAAUGGGAAUUUAGAGGAAGCGAGGCAGGUUUUUGAUGCAAUGCCAGUCAAGAACCUGGUUUCUUGGAAUGCUAUGAUUGCAGGAUAUGCUGAGAGUCAUAGAAUGGAAGAAGCAAGAGUCUUGUUUGACAAAAUGCAAUGCCGGAAUGUAGUUACUUGGACUAGCUUGAUAGCUGGUUAUUGUAGAGCUGGUGACGUCGAGGAAGGGUAUUACCUGUUUUGUCGAAUGCCAGAGAGGAAUGUUGUUUCUUGGACGGCCAUGAUAAGUGGGUUUACCCGGAACUGCUUUCAUGAAGAGGCAUUGUUGCUAUUUAUUGAAAUGAAGAGUAAUUGUGAUUCAAAACCGAAUGAAGAGACCCUCAUUUCACUAGCAUAUGCUUGUGCAGGUAUUGGUUUUUGUUGUCUUAGCAAGCAGUUACAUGCUCAUCUGAUAAUUAAUGGCUGGUUCUAUAAUGACUAUGAUGGAAGGCUAUUAAAGAGCGUGAUUUUCAUGUACUCUAUGCUCGGGAAUAUGGAUUUUGCACGCCAUAUUUUCAUGAAAAAUUCAACAAACAAUAGUCUUCAAUCUUUGAAUUAUAUGAUAAAUGGUUAUAUUCGAAUUGGACAGUUGGAAAAGGCUCAAAAUAUGUUUGACAUGGGACCCAUAAGAGAUGUGAUUUCAUGGACUUCUAUGAUCAAUGGGUAUUUUGCAGCUGGCCAGGUUGCAAAAGCAUGUCAUCUAUUUAGCAAAAUGCGUAACAGAGAUGCUGUAGCAUGGACAGUAAUGAUAUCUGGCCAUGUCCAAAAUGAGCUUUUCACAGAAAGUACAUGCCUAUUUGCUGAAAUGAGGAUUCAAGGGGUUUCGCCUCUAAAUUCUACAUAUGCUGUUCUUAUUGGAGCUGCAGGUGCAAUGGCUUAUCUUGAUCAGGGCAGGCAGUUCCAUUGCCUGCUGAUUAAGACAGAGUCUGAAAUCGACUUGAUUCUCAAUAAUUCUCUUAUCUCAAUGUAUGCAAAAUGUGGGGAGAUUGAUGGUGCAUAUAGCAUUUUCUCAAGCAUGAUUUACCGGGAUUUAAUUUCUUGGAAUUCCAUGAUAAUAGGGUUCUCACAUCAUGGGUUAGCAAAUGAAGCUUUAGAAGUCUUCGAAACCAUGCUGAAGGCCGGGGCCUGCCCCAAUAAUGUCACUUUUUUGGGCACCUUAUCAGCAUGUGCACAUGCGGGCCUUGUCAAUCGAGGGUGGGAGAUAUUUGAGGCCAUGAAUGAAGUGUAUGGAAUUCAGCUAGGCUCUGAGCAUUAUGUAUGUAUGAUUAAUCUUUUAGGCAGGGCAGGGAAGCUACAGGAGGCAGAAGAGUUUGUCUUGGGUCUGCCUUUUGAGCCAGAUCAUGCCAUCUGGGGGGCAUUGCUUGGUGUAUGUGCUUUUAACAAGAAUAAUGCAGAGAUAGCCAGACGUGCAGCAAAACGACUCCUUGAGCUCGACCCUUUAAAUGCACCAGCGCAUGUGGUGCUUUGCAACAUAUAUGCUGCUAAUGACCAGCAUGCUGAAGAGGGAAAGUUCAGAAAGGAGAUGGGCUUGAAGGGGGUGAGGAAGUUUCCUGGAUGUAGUUGGAUUUUGCUAAAAGGCAGAGUUCAUAUGUUCGUGUCUGGAGAUAGAUCACGACCUCAAGCCAAUGAGAUAUCCUUGCAAUUAUUUGGGAACAUUGGGGAAUCAUAACAAGAGAACAAUAGGACAUACAAAAAGACAGAUCAAAAUAAUUUUUAUUCUUCAUCUGCAAUAUUUCUUGGGAAAAUUGCCUCUGAAAAAAUUAAUUUCUGGUCAUGAGACAAAGUCAUCUCGUAGAGAGCUAGUUUUCAAGACCAAGCAUACAUUGCAUUUUGUGUUGCAGAAGAGAACAAUGACAUCCUAGUUUAGGAGUAGUAGUACAGCUUUCCUAACUUCAAAAGUCGUGGUGGUAUCUUAUACAUUACCAAUUAAAAGACAAUCUUAUAUUUAACUCGUAGAAUAAUAACAAAACAAAA